AGGUUAGAGCAGGGACCCCCUGAUCAUAGGCCACAAGCCCACAUAAGCUUGGCCUGUUCAUAAGCUUGGCCUGUUUGCUUCAUACACACACUGACACACAUCACUAUUGCACUUAUCAGCUCUGUCAGGGUGGAGCUCACAUAACCAAGAACACACUCCCAUGGAGCUCAAGUCCUCGGCCUCCACAAGAAGAAACUCGUUCCAUGGAGUAGGAGCAGCAGCAGCAGCACCACCACCACCAACCGGAGGAGGAAGACGAGGCGGAGGUGAAAGCAGCGUGUUCGAGCCCACCUUCAGUGAUCCACUCUCCACCCUCAAGGCCUCCGCCGAGUUCGUCCGCUCCUCCUUCCCCAUGGCCACCCUUGCCAGGAGCAGCAGCAGCAGCAACAGCCACGGGCGCCACCACGAGGCCUCCUCCUCCUCCACCACCACCACCUCCUCCUCCUCGUCCUCCGCGGCGGCCUCGGCUCAGAGGCGGCGAGGCGAGUCGCAGCAGCAGCAGCAGGCCGUGGCCGUCCCGGCGACACCGGGGCGGCCGCUGCAGUUCUUCACGAGCCCCGCGCACCACCAGCUCGUCGCACCCAGGCGGUCCGUGCCGUCCAAGUGGGAGGACGCCGAGAAGUGGCUGCGGCAGUCGUCGGCUUCUGACCACGGCAAUGGCAGCGGCAACGGCAAGGCUGCAUUCUCCAGGCAGCGGAGCAGCGGGUUUGGACACCGAGGCGGCGCCGGAGGCGAGGACGAGAAGAGGGCGGCCGUGACGGUGAGGAGGUCGGUGGACGCGCUCCGGGACGCCCACUCGCUCGCGCUGUACACGCCGCCGGCAGAAGUGCUCCUCAAAGACAAGUUCACCGACAACGAGGAGCCGUCCAAGGAGAGCUUCGUGUUCCGGAGCUCGUACUGCGAGCCGGUGCCGGUGGCGAAGGGCUCGGCGGUAGUGGGCGCCGCCGACCACGACGACCACCAGCGGAGGGACGUCGGCACGGAGAUGACGCCGCUGGGCAGCUCGUGCCACACGCCGCUCAAGAGCACGUCCCCGGUGCGGCACAACACGCCGGCGAGCAGGUCGGGCCCGCUGGUGCCGUACACCGGCGGCGGGAUGGACAUCUCGGAGCUGGCGGAUUGCCACCUCGCCAAGCUGGACCUGGGCGUGCGGUUCGACGCCAUGCUCGUCAACUGGAGCUCUAAGGAGGAGGAGGAAGAGGAGGUGUCCAAGAGCCUCAGGCACUUCGAGGCCACCGUCGGCGCCGGAGCUGGAGCCGGAGCCAGCGGCGGGCCGCCUUGUGAUAAACGCGGUGGCGGCGACUGCCGUUGGGAUGAUGAUGACAGGGCCAAGAGCUGCAUUAGGUAUCAGAGGGAAGAGGCAAAGAUACAGGCUUGGAUUAACCUGGAGAGUGCCAAGGCUGAAGCACAAUCAAGAAAGCUGGAGGUGAAGAUUCAGAAGAUGAGGUCGAACCUGGAGGAGAAGCUGAUGCGGCGGAUGACGACGGUGCACCGGCGCGCCGAGGAGUGGCGCGCCACGGCGCAGGCGCAGCACCUCCAGCAGCUGCGGCGCGCGGCCGCCGACAACACCCGGCGGCUCAGGGCCACGAGCCACCACCGCCACCUGCCGGGGAGCGACGCGCCCUCCUGCGCCUGCUUCCCCUGCAGCAACAACAGCAACAAUGUCGUUAGCGGCAACCUCCUCAACUAUUACUAGAUGGAUGAUCAGAAGAAGAACGUAGUGUAACUAGGUAGGUUGCUGAUGUUGCAGCGGGUAAUUGAGGUGGGUGACAUCUGAGAAUGGAGAGAUUGGUGGAAAUAUGCCAAGAAGUUUGGAACUUUUAAGGUGAUAUAUACCAUAUUGCUGAAGGAAUGCUGAUCCAUAGUUGAGACUUUGAGACGUGUCAAGGUUGAUUCUUUUGUCCUAUCCCCUUUCGGUUAUGUCUGAGUUCGGAGGGCUUGUUUGGAUAUUUUCGUAUUCAUGGGUGGAUAAAGAUAGAACUUAAAUCAA